AAUCAGGACACUUCUUAUUGUUAUAUUUUAUUUGCACAUUUUUAUAAAAAAAUUUAUGAUGUUUUAUGAAUUUAGUAUACAUAGAUAUUUAGCGCACGGUUGAAAAUGGUGAAGAAAAUAUUAUGCGAAUACUGUAAUAUAACGUUUGCAGACAACUUAUCAAGUCGUAAUCUACAUUUCAACAGCAACUCGCACAAAAAGAAUAGAAGAAAUUAUUUUUCGUUGUAUAAAGUAUUAUUUCAGACGCUAUAACAUUAUUCCUCGARGAACGACAAAAACAACCGUGUCGACGAUUUAGAACUACUGGACACUGUCAAUUCGGUUCUAACUGUAAUUAUUMUCAUUACACCUUUGAACAAUUAGUUAAUUUAAUCAAUCAAGAAAACCAAAAAAAAAUUUGUAGACAAGUGGAAAACAUUAAUUCAAUUCCAACAAUUGAUUCUUGGUUAAUAAAGUAUCAACAGAAUUUAUAUAUUAGAAGCACAGGCAGUGAAACAAAUACCAAAAACUUUCAAUUAAAUUAUCAAUAUAGAAAUUUACCAUCAUUAGCUCCAAUCUCUAAUUUUGAUAAACUAAAGAGUAUAACUCUAAACACUUGGUCGUGAAUCUAAUUUUAACUAAUAAUUCAAGCUGCAUCUGAAUCAAUUAAUGUUCUUUAUUAUUUGAUUUCUUGAGUUUCCAAGGAUGACCUCUAUAGUUCAUCAAAAAAACGGAACAGACUUAAACAACUCAAUUUCUUCAUCUACAUUGAAUUCUAAUUCCAAUAUGAUCUUCUACAAGUCUGAGUUUCAUGAGCAGUCUGAAAAUAAUGCUCUACCAAACAAACCAGUUCAAGACUGUUUGACUGAUAAUCCUAAACUAAAUAUUUCUAUUAGUAAUGUAGUAACAAACUUCAGUUUAAAAUCACAUUUAAACUUACGAUACUUAGCUCUUAAUGGUAGCAAUAUAGAAUAUAGACGUGAAAAUGGGAUGUUAACAAUGAAACUACGCAAGCCAAAUGCUACAGCCACUAUUUGGUCGAGUGGGAAAAUUGCUUGUACAGGUUCUACAUCUGAAACUCAUGCUAAAAUUGCAUCCAGACGUUUUGCCAGAAUUAUUCAAAAACUUGGUUAUCACAAUGCUAAAUUUAGCAGUUAUAGGAUUGUCAAUGUUCUUGGAUCAUGUUCUUUACCGUUUCCGAUCAAAGUCAUACAGUUUUCGGAAAAGUAUAAAACAAUUGCUCAGUAUGAACCCGAGUUACAUCCUGGUGUUACUUUUAAGAUCAAAGAAUUAAAAGCUACUUUGAAAAUAUUUUCAACGGGCAGUAUUACAGUAACUGCUCCAAGUGUAGGCAAUGUUUACCAGGCAAUCGAGCAAAUUUAUCCCAUGGUAUUUCCAUUUCGUCGAGAAAAAACUGCAGAAGAUGAAAGAGUAACACGCAAAUUAAUGACUAAAAAAAGAAAUUUUACUGAAAUUGAUGAAAAUGUAUCAAUUUAUAACUCGGAAAACAGUGUAACAAAACGAAAUUGUGAUGGAUUAGCCAUUGACAUAGUGAAAGUUGAAAACAAUUUAGAAAAUAUUAAACAAAGUUAUGAAAAUGAUCUCUGAAAAAUAUUUCAGUUACCCAAACUGAACACCACUUACAGUUAAACACAUAACAGCAGAACUUUUUUUAUAAUUUUCAUCAAGUCUUAAAUGUUUAAAACUAAAUCAUAACUUAAAAUGGAAUUAUUAAAUAUUUUUAAAAUGAUUAUUAUGAUAAAUGUACAAAAAUUAAUUUUUUUUAGCCUUUUACUUUAGUUGUAAGCUAAUAAAAUCUAGAUAACUAGUCUUUGUGUUUUACAAAAUGUACAUGUAUACAUGUAAUAUUUAUAUUAUAUCUAUAUAUUUUUUUUGUGUGUUAAUGUUCC